ACCUUUGAGUAACUGAUGAAAUUCUCAUAUGAUUACCGGCCAACUGAAAUUCAAGAGUCUGUGCGCCAAACUUCCACAGCUAGCGGCUUUCAAAACAUUACACUCGUUCAACUAUGAACAUCAACUGUUUGACGAAACUCCUAGUCCGCAACGUGCCUCUUUACACCACACCAUGCUCAAUCAUGUGCACUGCAGGCACCCAUUUGAAGCUCUUAAGACUUUCAAGAAGCAGCUUCAAUUGGGUAUUUCUGAAAUCGACGAGGCUGCAGUUGCAAUUGCUCUCAAGGCUUGUCGUGGUGACCCCGAAAUUGGGACUCAGUUUCAUGGUUUUGCAAUAACCUCAGGGUUCAUAGAUCACGUUUCUGUGUCAAAUUCCUUGAUGAACAUGUACUGUAAAUCCGGCCAAUUUGAUCGGGCUCUCUGCGUCUUCAACCGGUUGGAGAGCCCGGACACUGUUUCUUAUAAUACUCUGCUUUCAGGGGCCCAAAAUGGGGAAGACGCACUUAGUUUUGCUUGUCAUUUGCAUUCCGCUGGAGUUCUCUUUGAUGCAGUGAGUUUUACAACUAUUUUGGCGCAUUGUACUGAUAUUGAGGAUUUUCAUUUUGGAUCACAAUUGCACUCUCUCGUGUCAAAAUUCGGGAUGCGGAGUGAAGUGUAUGUUGGGAACGCACUCGUAACUAUGUAUUCAAAAUGGGGAAGGAUAAUUGAAGCUGAAAGAGCAUUUUGUGAAAUUCCCAACAAAGAUUUGGUCUCCUGGAACGCAAUGCUCUCAGGAUAUGUUCAAGAAGGUAGCCAUGGGUUGGAAGCAAUUUUUGGGUUUGUUCAGAUGGUGAGAGUAGGGUUGAAGGCUGAUCAUGUUUCCUUUACCAGUGUGAUAUCAGCUUGUGGCCAAGAAAGAAACGUGGAGUUUGGGAGGCAGGUUCACGGUCUAAUUAUUAAGAGGGCAUUUGAAACGCAUGUUUCAGUAUGUAAUGUUUUGAUUUCAAUGUACUCUAAGGGUGAGGGUGAUUUUGUUGAAGAUGCUAAGUUGGUCUUUGGCAAAAUGGUUGAGCGUAAUGUUAUCUCUUGGACAACAAUGCUCUCAAUGGAUGAAGAAGAUGCUAUGAAUUUAUUUAAUAAGAUGAGAAGAGAUGGAGUUUAUCCAAAUGAUGUUACAUUUGUUGGAUUGCUUCCUACCCUGACAAAGAAUGAUAUGGUGCAGGAAGGCCAAAUGGUUCAUGGCUUUUGUAUAAAGGCUAACUUUUUGUCAAAGUUGAAUGUUGCUAAUUGCUUUGUGACCAUGUAUGCAAAGUUUGCGCGCAUUGUUGGCUCGGUGAAGGUUUUUGAGGAGCUUGAUUACCGAGAUAAUGUAUCAUGGAAUGCUUUGAUCUCCGGUUAUGCUCAAAAUGAGUUGUAUCAAGAAGCUUUUCAAACAUUCUUGUUAGCUUCAGCUGAGUUACGGCCAAAUGAAUAUACUUUUGGCAGUAUAUUAAAUGCAAUAGGAUCAUCUGAGUCAAUUUCUUUGCGUUAUGGCCAGUGGUGUCAUACUUAUUUACUGAAGCUUGGAUUGAAUUUUGAUCCAAUCAUUUCAGGGGCUCUUCUUGACAUGUAUGCAAAGCGUGGAAGCAUUUGUGAGUCAAUGAAAGUUUUUUAUGAGUCUGGUCAAAGAAGCCAAGUUGCCUGGACAGCUAUAAUAUCUGCUCACUCAAGGCAUGGGGAUUAUGAAUCAGUAAUGAGUUUGUUCAAUGAAAUGGAGAAGAAAGGUGUGAAGCCUGACUCAAUCACUUUCCUUUCUGUAUUGACAGCAUGUGGCAGAAAAGGGAUGGUGGAUGCAGGAAUGCAAAUUUUUAAUUCAAUGAUUAAGGACCAUUUGAUUGAACCAUCUUCAGAGCAUUACUCCUGUAUAAUAGAUAUGUUGGGUAGGGCAGGGAGGCUGACGGAGGCUGAAGAACUGGUAGCUCAAAUUCCAGGAGGGCCAGGAUUAUCUGUACUGCAAAGCUUGCUUGGAGCUUGUAGGAUUUAUGGGAAUGUGGAUUUGGCUACGAGGGUAGCUGACACUUUGAUCCAAAUGGAACCUGAGGAGUCAGGUUCUUAUGUGUUGAUGUCAAAUUUGUUCGCGGAGAGAGGGCUCUGGGAAAAGGUAGCGAAGAUAAGGAAAGGAAUGAGAGAUAAAGGGGUAAAGAAAGAGAUAGGAUUUAGUUGGGUUGAUGCUGGUAGUGUCGACGAUUCUUUCAACUUGCAUGGAUUCUCAUCAGAUGACAAGUCUCAUCCCCAGUCAGAGGCAAUCUACAGGAUGGCAGAAUGGCUAGGAUCGGAGAUGAAAUAUCUAGAGAAAGAGAAAGAAAGUUGUGAUGUAUUACUUGACUCGAGCACUAUCGCAAUUCUUUGAGCCUUCAAUGUGAAUGGCUACGUUAUACUGAAACUUUUUUGAGAAAUUUAUCUUCUACUGCAAAGAAAGU